AUGGAGGCACCAUUUACGUGCUGUAAAACGAAGGAGUGUCCUAAUGUUUGCUGUAUGCAGUGCCUGAAUAUAUUUCACUUCAGCUGCCUGAAUAGAACGCAGCGAAUGACGAAAAUUGAAGGACAUAAAAUAAUUUGUUCACAAGAGUGUGCUAGACAGAAAGAGAGUAAUGACGAUCAAUUGAAUAAACUAUUUGAGGAGGUUGGAAAGCUGAAAGAUGAUAUCAAAACAAAGAAUGGUCUUUUGGAAGAGUUAGAAGUAGGAGUAGUAAACACGAGGAAUUUUAAAGACGGAAUUAACAAACUUCAUAAAGAAAAUCGACAAAAAGACGUUUAUAUACAAAGAUUGAAAAGAGUUUCUAUAAGCUUUGAAGAAGACGUAUUUUCUGCUGAACAGAACUAUAUCAAGAAAUUAGAUGAACAAAAGCAAACUAUUGCUGAGCUGAAUAAAGAACUAAUCAAGCAAACUGAAUUGAACAGACACCUGAUGACUGAAGUAGAUUCCAAAUCAGCUGUCGAGGAAUGGCUACAGAAAGAUCUACACGACCUGGAAAUAAGCAAACAAAACAUGUUGAAAGUCAUCGAGAGUCUCUCCCAGGAGAACGAAUUGUUCACAACUGAACUCAGAGAACUGAGAAAUAAAAAUGAUAUUAUUAAAACAAAAAGUGAAAGAACAUCGAAUACUAUUGGAGAUGAAAUUUUGGGUACCGAAAGGUAG